GUAGGUGCGUUGAUUCAUCCUUUUCAAGUCCAGGUUGCUGAUAGACCUUACUGUGCUCCACCUUUACAAAUAAACCUUUCCAGAUUCAUCAUGCUAAGACGUAAAAUCGCAUCGCAUUGAUCUCUACCGUGACUGUAAAAAUGAGUAGUCUUGCCGGUCAAGCAAAGAGCAAACGCAAGCGUUCAGGAGCCGACAAAGAUGGAGCGCCGCCGCAGGAUAACCCGCAAGUGCGAUUUAAGAUAGACGAACGACCUUCGAAGCGCAGGUUUGUCGUGCCGGACGGUUUCGUCCCGGUUGACAAACGAUGUGUUGUGGAUCCCGCCGAGGUGGCAGCUGGGCGUCAGGAGCUUUGGUUAAUUCAACUGCCUAAUCCGGCGGCGCUGCAAACCCUCGCAGCUGGGGGCAGCAUUGAGUUCGACCUCAACGCGUUGGAUAAGGGGGCGACCGGAUCUGAACUGUUGGCAAACUUUAAAGGCCGAGAUGGUGCACCGUACAAGAUCCAGCUAGAGGCUAAUGACGUGGCGCAGCAGCUUGUGGCGGUGUGCCCUCUGGACGAUGACGAGGGAGCAGCGCAGGCUGUGCCCAUCUCCCGCCGGCUAACGGUGCUGCGGGAGGUCGCGGCACCGGAGACCGGCUCCACAGCUGGGGAGCCUGAGGACGAGGUGAAUGCGUUGGCGCGUUUGGAGGAGGCCCUAGCUGCCAUGGCAGCGGCCCGGCGGGAGGCGGCAGUGCUGGCUGUGUUGGAGGGCAGGGCGCGGCCGACGGAGGAGCAGGCGGCAGCGGCAGCAGCUGCGGUACAGAUGGAGGUGGACGGCCGGGGCGCGGUGGGGGCAGCAGGGGAACCGACAGCACCUGUGGCGGCGGGCGAGAAAGAACCCAAAGCGAAAGAAAGCAAGCACAAGAAAGACAAGGACAAGAAGGACAAGAAGGACAAGGAGAAGAGCAGCGUAAAGGAAGGGCACAAGCACAAGAGCAGCAAGGCUGACAAGGCGAAGACGCCGGGUGCGGCGCUGGUGCCCGCGCUGGGGCCGGCGCCGGCCAAAGCAGCGCCUGCGACGGCGCCGCCGGCGUUGCGGCCGCUAACGGAAAUGGAAACGCCCGCCGCGGCGGCAGCAGCUCCUCCGGCCGCGCCCGCCGCGGUGGCAGUGACGCCCGCUGCGGCGGCAACGGCGGCGAAUGGUCAGGUUCCAGCCUCUGGAGCUGCGGCUGGGGCAAUAAGUACCGGCAAGCAUAAGCACAAGGACAAGAAGGAGAAGCACAAGGACAAGGAUAAGAAGAAGGACAAGGAGAAAAAAGAUAAAAAGGAAAAGAAGAAGAAGGAUAAGAAGGAUAAGAAGGACAAGAAGGACAAAAAGGAGGACCAGGCCUCCUCAGACUCAGAUAGCGACAGCGGUUAGGGGUUUAAGG